GUGAGAUAUAUUGAAGCACAAUCUGAAUGAUAUUGUCUCAUCCAUUACAGAUCAGCGCGUCGGCAUCGUCACAAGAUGAAAUCUUUCGUCAGAUAUUGACUGCAAAAAAGGAAGCGAAGUUCAACUGUAUGAAGAAAAUGGCCGAUGACCCACCAACCGAUGGUGUUCACUGCAAUCGCACCUGGGAUGGUAUCAUGUGCUGGCCAGAUACACUUGCGAAUACUGUACACAAGCAGGCUUGUCCGAGUUACCUCACCGAUACUACCACAAGGGAUGAUAUGAUGGCGUCCAAGCGUUGUGAAGCAGACGGCACGUGGUAUCUUUCGGAAAACAAUGAUACAUGGACCAACUACACAAUGUGCACGGCGGAUGAUAAAGACAAUAGCAUUGACGAGAAGAUUUAUCAGUCUCUCCAGAUCGUAUACAGUAUUGGAUACUCUCUAUCUUUAAUUUCGCUCGUCAUUGCCAUGGGAAUAUUCCUUUACUUCAGGAAGCUAAGAUGUACCCGUAACAUGAUCCACAUGCAUCUCUUCAUGUCUUUCAUUCUUCGCGCCAUCUUUGUCUUCAUCCGGGAUAUCAUCCAGGCACAGAACGAAGCAGCAUUACUGAAAGCCGAACUUCAAGACUCAGAAAUAGGAGACUCAGAAAACUCUUCACUCUCUGAAUCGAAUUACCAGAAUCCCGGAUGCAAGGUAGCCUUUACCCUGAUCCAAUAUUUUCUGGUUGCGAACUUCUACUGGCUUCUCGUAGAGGGCGUCUAUCUUCACUCCUUGAUCACACUGGCAGUGUUUUCCGAGAAGUCAAUCUACAGAUACAUUGCACUUGGUUGGGGUUGCCCUGCAUUCGUGGUGGUCCCCUGGGCGAUAGUGCGAUCGUUUAAAGAAUCGUCAGGGUGCUGGUGGAAUGAUGUGACACGCGAUUCGAGCUACUGGAUCAUUAAGGCCCCUGUCAUGAUUUCCGUUAUUGUAAAUUUCGUCUUGUUUCUCCACAUACUAUGUGUAUUGGCGACCAAGCUGAGGGCGAGUAAUGCAGCUGAGGCAAGAACGUACAGUAAACUAGCCAAAUCAACGCUGAUUUUGAUUCCUCUAUUUGGAGUGUAUUACAUCAUUACAGUCGGUAUGCAUGCGUCGAACGAUACAACAAUGGUCUACAUCAGAAUGUACUUUGAACUAAUCCUUUCACCAUUUCAGGGUUUUCUCCUAGCGAUCCUUUACUGUUUCAUGAAUGGAGAAGUGAAAAAUGAGAUAAAGAGAAAAUGGCGGCUGCACUUGUUGAACAGAACACUGAGCACCCAUAGAACAUUACGCAGCUGUCAGUCACGGUCGUCGUGCUCGACGCCGCCCAGGAAAGAUUCGAUGAAGAACCAUUCCGUCUUCGAAACCAGCAUCGGGCGCUCGACGUUCGGCGAACGAUUCAUCGCGUUGAAGAAACAAUUCUCGCGGGGCGAUUCGUCAAACGGUCACGUGGGCAACGGUUCCCUUGGCAACAGUAUCGCGAUACCGGAUCCAUCCGAACCGAGGCCGAACCCGGACGGUGCUGCGGACCGGAGUAACCUUUACGACCACCAUCCACCUGACUUCGACGAACACGAGAACGACGUAGAGGUGAAUGAGAAAACCAAGAUUGACAUCAAAAUCGAGGAAGCUUCGGAUGAUACACCGAACAGUGACCAUGACGAGAGGGUCGAUAUGGAGAAUGAAACGGAAGAAAAAAGUGAUGUUUUCGAGGACGAGGAAGAGUGUGAUAUGACUUGUACCGAUGGUCAUACUAAACAUGGCGUCAAUGAUGGUGAAUCAAGACAAACAUUUAGUAACAUUGAAACUGAAGUAUAAAAAUCAAUGCCUGGAAUCACCUUCGUACAAACAUGAUUGAAAUUUCGUCAUCGUUUCUCGUGAAAACAAAAAAGAUCUUUCAUUACAUUUUUCAAAAUAUUGUACUUGUUUUUGUAGUCAAUGCUUUUACAUAUCUAUGUUGCUCCUUUCUUAACUGUUGAUAAUCAAGCGUUGGUUGUCGUUGAGGAUUCGAACAAAAUGUAUAUUUCCCGACCAAACGGUGAUAAGAACAAAGUGAUAGUAGACCAACUUGAUUCAACCAUUACGGUGUUAUAGACGAUCAUUCUUUGGACAAGGAGCUCGAGGUUACCUGGCAUGAAAAUAGUUACGACGCCCUCUGCGAUCUUUAAUUCCAUGCACGUCACGCUGCGGACGAUGGAUGGCCGUGAAACCGGGGAGGGAAGGGGAUGGGCCGCAGAAGGGACUUAUUUAACCCCUCCCCAAGAAAUCUUGGUCAACUUGUACAAGAAUGUGAAAGUCACCAAAUUAUUGUGAUUUCUGUAUGAUCAACCCAGCCCCAUUCACUUUCAAAAUCCUUCCGAGGCUGCUUGGGCCCCUAGACGGUUGCAUAAAAAGUUGUCUGAUUGCAAGUCAAAAUAUCAAUCGCAAAUUCCAAGUGCGUGCUGUGGAUUGGCUGAAAAUCAAAGUUGGGAAUGAUUUUGAGAAUUUCGUUUGAUUGCAAUCCUUUUUCAAUGGGCCCCUGGUGGUUCUGAUGACAAAAACGUGAAAACUAUGCCAUAUUGCCAUGACCCCCCCCCCCAUUCCCGCUCUAUAAGAAACGUUCCACGGCUCCUGUGCGAGCCUCUUUUGUCGCCUUCAUUAUUAUCAAGUAUUUUAUACGUGUCAACGUUUCAUUGUACACCAUCAAAGUGUCUUGAGCUUUUUAAUGUUGAGCACAAAAACAUUUAGAAAAAAAAUCAGAUUUUUAAUGGUAAUGUGAGUGUUCAUAUCAAGGGACAGCGCCAAAAUGGAAUGGGGCGGCCACCUUCUUUAUUAUAUUUUUUCAAGUCGUAGUUACAGAAAAAGGAAUGAGGUAAAUAGGGUGGGGGAAGGUCGUUUACUACAAUACCCUAAUAUUUAUUUGAGGGGGAAGAAAAUAAAAUCAAGGUCAUCUGUCCCAUCAAAAUUAUUUGGCACCACCCCUGAUCCUUAUCCAAGGUAUUCAUUAAAAUUAAAAAUUAUCCCCCCUUUUAGAACACAAAUUCAAGUCCUAUACUGAUCAAUGUGUCCCAGAUGAAUGGACGAUUGCUUUAUUGAAAAUAACGUGGUUGUAACCGGAAAGAUAAGGAAAACCAAUGAUUUUAUUUUCUUUUUUAAUGUACUUCUCUAAUUAUAUGUAAAAAAAAAACUUUGAAAGGAGCUACAAAUUACAGGUGUGCUAAAUAUAAGUAUCUGGUGGACAAUUUUCUUGUAGUUUUGCUAAAAUUAUCGAACGAAAUGAUAAUGACCGUCGUGGCGUAAAUAGGGGGAAAAUCGCUCUUACGCUCUCAAAGUUGGUUAAAAAUGAAUCGACCAACCCUUAUUUAAAGAAACAAAAUUGAUGCAAAAUGAAUUUGAUUUUUUUAACUUAUACCCCAUUACACCAACGCUACGUCCAUGCAGUUCUCGCUACGUCAAAGAAAAAAAUGCCAUGACGCAAUGGGAAUUGCUGCAGCGUACUGAGAGCGUAGCGAGAACUGUUAACGACGUGGCAUAGUCCGCAUGAUCUCCGGAGAAAAAAUUUCCGCUACGUGGACUUUGAACAUGUCCACAGUCCACGUAGCGAGAGCGCCGUCUAAGCAGUGCGUAGUACUGACGCACUAAGGACCUUCUUGUCGCGUACUUAAAGUUACAUCGACGUAACAUAGACGUAGCGGACACGGAAAGAACACUACUAACGCACCAUGAGCGUAUCAAAGACGUAGCGCAGAUGUAGCAUGCACGGGACGAUUUCAUAUUUUUCGAAAACAAGGAAAUUAUCGCUACGUCCCUGCGAUUUUUUCGGAAUAUUUCAAAGACGUAGCGGGAAAUUCCUCCGGUGUAAUGAGGGCAUAACAUUUGGUCAGUUCAAAUUAUAACCAACUUUGUGGUCUCUUAAAAGAAUGAGAGUGUAUGAUGGAAACUGCAUUUUGAAAAUUAGGUAUUAAAACUUAAACUUUGUUGAAUUAUGAUUUUGAACACUCCUUUAACUGCUAAACAAACAGUACUGCUGUAUAAAUUUCAUAUAGUGUUGUACGAAAUUUUAAACACUUUUACAAAAAAAAGUGUGCGAGGGGAAUGCAGCUUGGUCAUAUAGUACAGAAAAUGAUAAUUAUUGAAAAAAAAGACGAAGGCUGAGGGAUUUGAUACGAAUUACAAAAUGCUUGUAUAUAGAAACUGAGUGCCAGUAUUUGCCGCAGGUGUCAUUGCAUUUACGCGUUCACGUGUGCUCAUUGGUAAAAUGUGAUGUGUCUCACUUCUUUUGAUAUUUCAUUGUUUUAUUUCUUU